AUGGCAUCCGGACUCAGCAGAAGGUCGAUGGCCAAGGUUCUGGCCUUACCACCAAGUCUACGAAGGACCGUCUUCUCAGCAGCAGCUUCCUCAGCCAAGAACCCGGAACUCUACGAUCUGGUCUGCAUUGGAGGUGGCCCUGCUGGACUAUCUCUGGUCUCGGCUCUACGCUCCAAUGCCUCAACGAAGGACUUGAAGAUUGCCCUGAUUGAUGGUCAAGAUAUCACGUCCACACAUCCUCCAAACGAUCCUCUCAACUACUCGAAUCGAUGCUCAUCCCUUACACCUUCGUCAGUGCGCUUCAUGCAGCAGAAUGGAGCUUGGGAUCAUGUCAAUCACUCUCGGAUACAGCCAUAUCACAGCAUGGAUGUGUGGGACGGUGUGAGUGGAAGCAGGAUACAUUUCGAUCCGUUGGACAAAGCUGGGACAAGCAUACUUGACAGCAUAGCACAAGCUAUACCCGGCAGCAGAAUGGCAGAGAGCAGGAGGAAGUAUGAGAUGGGCGACUUCAAGACUGUGGCGACCAUGUGCGAGAAUUCGAACUUGACUUCUGCGCUGUUGAGCGGAUUACGAGCAGACGCGAAGGAGUUAGAGAUCAUGGACAAGACAAGGCUGGAGUCAAUACAGCUUGGUCCAGAGCCCGAAGAUGAAAGCUCCAUGAAUUUGUCGCAGUGGCCGAUUGUCAGCUUACCUGGAGGACGAAACAUUGCUGCCAGACUUCUCGUGGGUGCAGAUGGUGCGAAUAGCCCCGUGCGAUCCUUUGCGAACAUCCCAAGUCACGGCUGGGACUAUGGCCAACAUGGUGUGGUUGCCACACUACAGCUUGACAGGAGCUUCGACGAACACGAACUACGCACAGCAUACCAACGCUUUCUACCCACUGGACCAAUCGCCCUCCUACCACUCCCCGACAACAAAGCAAGUCUGGUAUGGUCAAUCACAGCACCACUCGCCACCAAGCUGAAGCAACUCCCUCCCUCCGUCUUCACAGUGUUGGUCAACGCCGCCUUCCGCCUGAUGAUGGUCGACCUGAAGUACCUCAUUGACAACCCCAACGUCGACCCGGCUGAAGAGCUCGCAUGGCGGGAGCCAAACACAACCCCCAAAGAGACCGGUCUCCCAGCAUCCCUCCCACGCGUCAUCGGCAUCCAAGAGAACACAAUGGCCUCCUUCCCACUCCGCAUGCGACACGCAGAUACAUACAUCGGCCAUCGUGUCGCCCUCGUUGGCGAUGCUGCUCACACUGUUCAUCCACUUGCCGGCCAAGGCCUCAACCUUGGUCUUGCUGAUGCGGAGUCACUGGCAUAUCGUAUUGCCAGAGGUGUUGAGCAUGGUAUGGACAUUGGUACGAAUUGGUGUUUGGAUGAUUACAAUGCGGAGCGAUGGGCGGCGAAUAAUGCUAUGUUGGGUGUGGUGGAUAAGUUGCAGAAGCUGUAUUCUGCCAGCUCGGGGCCUGUUGUGUGGGGCAGGAGUUUGGGUCUGGAUAUUGUGAAUAGUCUGGGACCAUUGAAGGGGGCCUUGAUGGGUGCUGCUUCGGGAUGA